AUGACCACACAUUCGCACUGCUUUGGACGACUGAGAGCAGAGCAGGUUACCCUUCUUGUCUGUAUCAUGGUCGGUGUUCCUGGCAAGUAUCAGGGCUGCGAAACGUGCCGUGGACGGCGGGUGAAGUGUACCAACGAGAGACCGUUUUGCCAGAAGUGUGCCAACAGCGGAAGACAAUGCGAAGGCUACGGGCGCGAGCGAGUCUUCAUCACCGGAACUCCGGAGCAUCGCGGACGAGUCGCAUCCCAUCCCAGGAAGCCUACAUCAUCGGCGUCGUCUUCAAGACGGAGACAUCUGGAUUCCGAAGCCAGGUCAACGCCAGAGAUCACCCCUGAGCGAGACACGGAGCGCGGGCGCCAAGUUCCCGCUGAGCUGCGCUACGUCGAUAGGCGUCCUCCAGUGACAGCAGCUGCCCCAUUCACACCGGCGUGGGAGGACCGUAUUGCACUCGAUGUUCAAGGUGCGCUGGAUUAUGCCUUCCUCACGUCUCUGCACAUAACGCCACAGAGCAUCGUUUGUCAGGCGAGGCAGAACCAGGCCGAGCUGCAGAGCUGGAAGAUCGUUCCAGUGCCAUACAUCCUCCCAGAUGUGUUGUCCAUGACCAAGGAUGGCACGCUCCGGCUGAAAGGAAGAUGUAUGGCCCGCCUCUCCGACCUCGCCAGUGACAACGAGAAAGCACCGGCUUCAAUAGCCUUCCUGCUAGAGGGCACACGAGCGACAUCAACAGAUACCGAAUCUGGGCAGGUGACGAUGCAAAGCCCUGUCCAGCAGCUGGGUCCGCACAGUUUUACAUCGUUCCCGAACCACCACUUCUUCGCCCGAGUCUUUCGGCCUUUGAUUCUUGGUUCCUCGCUGCUCAGUCGCAAAGAGACGUUUCUGAAAGACACAGAGUGGCUCACGGUGCCUUGGGACAGCCAUCCGAAAACGCUCUUGGAUCAGUUACUUGAUCUCAUAUCCUUCAUGCCUCCUCUUUUGAAGCAGCUCGACGCCAUAUCGGCAACAGUGGCUACGACUCCUCGCCGUCAACAAGCCCAGACGCUGCUCGGGAAUUGCAAAGCUUUGGAAAGUCGUUUCGACCAGUGGCUGACAUCGGCUCAUGAGGAGACAGCCGAGCAGCAGCAGCAGUGCUACUGGGUAGAAGAGACGUCCAGCGCGCUGGAGGCGGCUCCUUUCGCCAGUCUGCUCACAUUCAGAGACGGUGCUACCGCCCUCAUGUUUCUGUAUUUCUGGAUGUCUCAGAUCUCUGUCCAUCGAUGCAUCGAACGUCUGUACACAAUCAUUUUCGAACCAGUCAUUGAUAUGUUCCCGCACCCGUGGCCAGAACUGCCUCCCAAUCUUGGGCUGGAUGAUCUUGGUCGCUAUCAACAGACCCACGAACUCGCAACGAGCAUUUGUCGCGGGCUCGACUCAGCCCUUGGAUACGCUGCUCAGCCCGAGCUAUUGCUAGCUCCAAUGACAACUGCACUGAAUUUGUUCAGAGACGACAACACCAAUGUGCACGACGGCAUCCUUGAAAUAUUCUGGUUGGAGGCUUUCAAGUCUCGCUUGGCGGAUAAGGGACAGUAUCUGGCUUCCAUGUUGGAAAGAAGCAGUUGGGUAGAACUGGCCAGGUUUUGA